AGUGGCAUCUACAUCUGCAGAACAUGAACCAGUGGCAUCUACAUCUGCAGAACAUGAACCAGUGGCAUCUACAUCUGCAGAACAUGAACCAGUGGCAUCUACAUCUGCAGAACAUGAACCAGUGGCAUCUACAUCUGCAGAACAUGAACCAGUGGCAUCUACAUCGGCAGAACAUGAACUAGUGGCAUCUACAUCUGCAGAACGUAAAUAACCAGUGGCAUCUACAUCUGCAGAACGUGAAGAACCAGUGGCAUCUACAUCUGCAGAACGUGAAGAACCAGUGGCAUCUACAUCUGCAGAACGUGAAGAACUAGUGGCAUCUACAUCUGCAGAACGUGAAGAACCAGUGGCAUCUACAUCUGUAGAACGUGAAGAACCAGUGGCAUCUACAUCUGCAGAACGUGAAGGACCAGUGGCAUCUACAUCUGCAGAACAUGAAGGACCAGUGGCAUCUACAUCUACAGAACGUGAAGAACCAGUGGCAUCUACAUCUACAGAACGUGAAGAACCAGUGGCAUCUACUUCUACAGAACGUGAAGAACCAGUGGCAUCUACAUCUGCAGAAUGUGAAGAACCAGUGACAUCUACAUCUGCACAACUUGAAGGACCAGUGGCAUCUACAUCGGCAGAACAUAAAGAACUAGUGGCAUCUAAAUCUGCAGAACAUGAAGAACCAAUGGCAUCUGCAGAAUGUGAAGAACCAGUGGCAUCUACAUCUUCAGAACGUGAAGAACCAGUGGCAUCUACAUCUGCAGAACAAGAAGAACCAGUGGCAUCUACAUCUGCAGAACGUGAAGAACCAGUGGCGUCUACAUCUGCAGGACAUGAAGAACCAGUGGCAUCUACAUCUGCAGAACGUGAAGAACCAGUGGCAUCUACAUCUGCAGAACGUGAACGACCAGUGGCAUCUACAUCUACAGAACGUGAAGAAUCAAUGGCAUCUACAUCUGCAGAACAUGAAGAACCAGUGGCAUCUACAUCUACAGAACAUGAAGAACCAGUGGCAUCUACAUCUUCAGAACAUGAAGAAUCAGUGGCAUCUACAUCUGCAGAAUGUGAAGAACCAGUGGCAUCUAUAUCUGCAGAACGUGAAAAACCAGUGGCGUCUACAUCUGCAGGACAUGAAGAACCAGUGGUAUCUACAUCUGCAGAACGUGAAGAACCAGUGGCAUCUACAUCGGCAGAACGUGAAGAACCAGUGGCAUCUACAUCUGCAGAAUGUGAAGAACCAGGGGCAUCUGCAUCUGCAGAACGUGAAGAACCAGUGGCGUCUACAUCUGCAGGACAUGAAGAACCAGUGGCAUCUACAUCUGCAGAACCUGAAGAACCAGUGGCAUCUACAUCGGCAGAACGUGAAGAACCAGUGGCAUCUACAUCUGCAGAACAUGAAGAACCAGUGGCAUCUACAGAACACGAAGAACAACUGACAUCUACAUCUGCCGGAGAUCAUACCGCUUUUAAAGCCAUUCCCAUGCGUUUAGUGCACACGAUGUGCAACGUGUUACGAACAGAGACUUCUAACUCGAUCGUACGUAGUGGAGCCCCCUGUAUGAGUUCAAGUUGCAUCGGCACACCAAUUACCGAGCCUGCGAAAAAUUUACCCGUAAAAACAAAGUUUUUCACUAUAAAUCCUUUAUAUGCGUGGCGGCUAGUCCUCUCGUCUCUGGCUUGA